AUGAAUGUGGCUCUGAGCAGCAGUCUAUACAAGAGUGCAUCACCUUAUGGCUCUCUUAAUAACAUUGUGGAUGGGUUAAGCUCCCUCACUGAGCAUUUCUCUGACCUAUCCCUUUCUUCAGAAGCCAGAAAACCCAGCAAGAGACCACCUCCUAACUACCUGUGCCACCUAUGCUUUAACAAGGGACACUACAUCAAAGACUGCCCACAGGCUCGUCCAAAAGGAGAAGGCCUGACACCAUACCAGGGCAAGAAACGCUGCUUUGGUGAAUAUAAGUGCCCCAAAUGCAAGAGAAAAUGGAUGAGUGGAAACUCCUGGGCUAACAUGGGACAAGAAUGUAUCAAGUGCCACAUUAACGUUUAUCCUCACAAACAGAGACCCCUGGAAAAGCCGGACGGCCUGGAUGUUUCAGAUCAGAGCAAAGAACAUCCCCAGCACCUGUGCGAGAAGUGCAAAGUUUUGGGCUACUACUGCCGCCGUGUGCAAUAAACCUUCGAAGUGGCCUCUUCCCAUCCCCAUCAUCCUUAAAGAUCCUCUGGCAGCAUGCGAUCAACAGCAACACAACAAAUCAAGAUAAAAGCUAAAAUAAUUGCCAAUAUUGCCUAUCUAAUAAUAUGCCUUACCAUUAAUAGAAUGUAACAUUUCUCCUGUGCAUGUGCACACAUGCAACAGGUAUUUACAGGACUAUGAUUUGUAUACAUACAUAUAUAUGUAAAUUUAUAUAUAUAUGUACACACACAUAUAUAAAGCGUUACUGAUAGUGUUCACAACAGAACCACAGUUGCAGGUUCUGCUGAUUGUUUACACAGACCUUGUAUCAUGGCCAGGUGAAAUGAAGUACUAUUCAAUAGGCAAGGUAUAAUAUUCACAAGGACUAUAUGUUAUAUGCAUGGCUUUUGCAGAGGUUAAAUAACUGUGGGGCCACUAAUUGCAAGCACUCGCCCACAACAUGAACGUUAUUCCUAUUAUAUGACAAGACAAAGGAAGGUGAAACAAGCCACAGCAUAAAAGAAAGAAAA